CUCCUUUUGUCAAUGACAAAGAAACAGGAACAGUACAGCCAUACAAUACAGGUGGCCUUGGCAAAACACAUUUUUGUAAUGUUUUUUUCAAGUUUUAGGUUAGAAUUGAACAGGAGCAGCAUUAAAAUACAAUUAAUUAAUUUUUUUCACUAGAUAAAUACAGAAUUUUAACAGAAAUAGCCUACAACAAAUUCCAAUGGAGCCAGUAUUUGUGAAGAGGAGAAAUCCUAUCAAUAAAAGGACAAAAUUGAAUUUAGUGUUUGAUGAAGAUGCUCGCAGAGAAUUUUUGACGGGAUUCCAUAAAAGAAAACUUCAGCGACAAAAGAAAGCUCAAGAGGAAUUCAAACAGAAAAUAAAAGAGGAAAAGAAGCGAAUUAAGCAAGAGGCUCAAGAAUCAUACAAGAAAAUGAAGAUGUCAUUCAAGCCUAUACCAGAGGUUGAGGAGUUGCUGAGAACAACAGCGAAGGAAUAUGAUGUUGGAGACCACUCUGUUUGUGUGGUGGAAUUCUCUUCAGACGUUCUUGAAAAGAGAAAUAAAAUAAUUGGAGAAAAUAAGGUAGAAUAUGAAGAUACAGGGUCUCAAGAUCAAGAAAAUGAGAGGGAUAGUGAUGAUGAAGUUCCAGGCAUGGAACUCAAAACUAAAAAGGAAAUUAAUAAAGAAAUCAAAAAGCAAGCUACAUUGCAAGUCAAGAAGAGUAAAGUAUUUCAAACCAAAAAUAGAAUGGAACAACAAAAACAGAGGAAGAAAUCGUUAAAGCAAAAGAAAAAGAAGAUGAAAAUUCAACAAAAAAGUAAAAAGGGAAAGCGAGACAAUAAAGCAUACAGAUAAAUAAGUAAAUAUAUUCUCUAUUUAUUCAUCCACUAA